AUGAUAACAUUUCAAUCAACUAGUUUAUCAGGAAGUUCCAUCAAUUGUGCCAUAUUCACUGGACCUAAGAAAGGAUUGCAGAUUACGACCGCACUUGCUGGUUUACCUCAAAAUACGGGUGUCUUAGCUGUUGAGAACGCUAUUUUUCUUGGAGGCACAUCUAUCGAAUCCAAUGGUAACUAUCCAUUUAGCUCCUACUUUCCUUUGGACCGUUCUCCGUCUGCUCCUACACUCCAGUUGACAUCAGCAAUUAUUAAUGAUUCGACAGUGUCAAAUGGCAACACUUUCAGUGAAUCGAUUCUUAUAAUUACAAGCAAACUUUACAAUACAACUAUUCGACCGAUAGCAACUUUAGGAGGCAUCCAGUUUGUUAAUUCCAAAUUGAUAAAUAUAACAAUUAAAUUGGAAAACAAUUAUCAAAAUACACCAGCUCUGCUUCAAUUUAAUGAUUCGAUAAUCGAAAAUACAGUUGAACAAUAUUCGAAUUGGUGGGACCCCAUUAAUGUUUAUAUGAGAGUUUUUCGCAGUAUAAUUCGCAAUUCCUUAUUUGCGAGGGCUUUCGUUGACCAAUAUUAUUAUUAUGGGAGGGGUGCGCAUAGUUUCAUUCUUCAAGACUCAACAAUCGAAAAUGUUUCGAUUGAUAUCGUAGGUUCAGAUAGCUACUAUUACUAUUAUGGUACUUACACCAAUUAUUAUGGUUCAAUAUUUAUGAACAACUCCACAUUUAAUAAUGGUACUAUAAGAAUUUUCGGGUAUGGAUCAUCAGCCACAUUUCAAGAUUCAAGAUUUUGUGAUGUCAACAUUGCGUAUGUAAAUCCAUCGCAGUACUACAGUAAAGGAGUGAAUAUAAAAAACGUCAUCUUCAGAAAUGUUAGCAUGAAUUUGCCUGUGUCUCAUGUCUUGAUUAGUUAUUCAACUAUAGAGCUCAAAUCACCUCCACUAGUAUUGGGUGAUCACUCAGCUAUUGUAUGCAGUCUUAUCAAACGCUCAUUAUCUAUUGCACAAGAGAAUACGACGGGUAUUCAAACGACUGGUACUAAUAUAAUUUUAUCCACAAUCAGCUCAUUUGCAGUUGGCUUACAGGUGGCAUACAAUACUAUACAAAAGAAUUUUAUUUUGAAUUCCAAUUUCAUUUCCAAUAGUCUAUUCCAUAUACGAAAUUUUAGUCCGUAUAAUAUUGAAGCAACUGGCAACUGGUGGGGAACUCGAUAUAGUGCAGAUAUCCGAAAUAAAAUUUAUGACUAUUGGAAUAGCAUAAAUCUUGGCGGAGUGAUCUGCUCUAACCCUUCAGACGAAAAAUUGCAAGCUGAAGAUAGCUGCCCACCUUACAAUGUGUAUACGAUUAUAACAAAUUUUGCAAAUGUUGCCUAA